GUUGGCCGCGGUCACGGAACCUAUAAAGGAAAGGAAAGAUUCGAUAAUCGAAUCGACAACGUGUUGCGCUAGUUCCGCGCGUGACCGUGACUCGCCUUUCUCACCAGCAACAACUGUUCAACGUGUCAACGGUGCUGCUAAGCAAUUAGGGAAUUUACGGAAUCCAUCGAUUAAAUGCCGGUUGAAACGAUCAUAGAGACGAUUACGGGAUUAAGAAACUGGUUUGCACCUGCGCGCGAGUUCGCUCAGGCGAUAGAAAGGUGUGUUUCGACGUUCGCGAACGUUAUUGGUCGGUCUGGACGAUCGAGAAGAACGGGGGGCCCGUCGAGUGGCGUGAUAAACGCGAGCUGUCCGCGAAAGUCACAUCUGAUUCGAGUUAACGUACUCGGAACGAAUAAAUAAAGAAGAAAAGAUAGAUAAUUACGGAAGAUGGAUAAAGUUCGACUACGUAAAAGAUGCUAAGUUGCAGAGAAUGAAAAUAAAGAAGAAAAGAAAUAAGACAGAUAGAUAAAGUUCGAAGAGGAUGUCGAAGUCGGGCAGCAUCAAGGAUGGCGAGAAGGGCCCGUACGACGCGGUCCCGAUCGCCGAGAAACCCAGCGAUGAGAUCAAACUCGAAGCGAAGAUGUCCCUGAUGAACGGCGUGACCGUGAUCGUCGGUUCCAUUAUCGGUUCUGGGAUAUUCGUUAGUCCCACUGGUGUCCUCACCUACACGGGUAGCGUGAACGCGAGCCUCCUGGUGUGGAUAGCUUCCGGCAUCUUCUCCACGGUGGGCGCAUACUGUUACGCGGAGUUGGGAUGCAUGAUCAGAAAGUCGGGCGCCGAUUACGCGUAUAUCAUGGAGACCUUCGGACCUUUCAUGGCAUUCAUCAGACUCUGGGUCGAGUGUAUGAUAGUGCGGCCUUGUAGUCAAGCUAUCGUGGCCUUGACCUUCAGCAUUUAUGUAUUGAAACCAGUGUUUCCAGACUGCUCGCCACCGGACGAGGCGACGAGGAUACUCGCUGCUUGCUGCAUAUGUAUCCUCGCGUUCAUCAACUGCUGGGACGUGAAAUGGGCGACAAGGGUGCAGGACAUUUUCACGUACGCCAAGCUCCUGGCGUUGUUCAUCAUAAUCUUCGCCGGAGGUUGUCAGCUGUUCACCGGGCACACGCAAUAUUUCACGUUCGAGAACACCAACACGGAAGUGACGUCGAUAGCGCUGAGCUUUUAUUCGGGUCUGUUCGCUUACAAUGGUUGGAAUUACUUGAAUUUCAUCAUCGAAGAGCUGAAGGACCCCGUCAAAAACUUACCAAGAGCUAUCGGAAUUUCGUGCGUGCUCGUCACGCUUGUUUACGUUUGCGCAAACGUAGCCUUCUACACGACCUUGAGCCCCGUGGAGGUUCUGGGAAGCGAGGCAGUGGCAGUGACCUUCGCCAAUCGUCUCUUCGGCAUGUUCGCCUGGACGAUACCCGUGUUUGUGGCACUGUCGACGUUCGGAGCGGUAAAUGGAAUUCUUCUGACGUCCUCGCGACUCUUCUACGCCGGCGCCUGCGAGGGUCAGAUGCCUGAAAUAUUGACCAUGAUUCAAACCUCGAGGGUCACCCCAACGCCGGCCGUUAUCUGCAUGGCCCUCUUGUCCAUGGUGUACCUCUGUUCUUCCGACAUCUAUGCUCUGAUCAAUUAUGUCGGCUUUGCUGCUUGGUUGAGCAUAGGCGUCUCCGUGCUCUGUCUACCCUGGCUCAGAUGGGCUCAACCGAAUCUGCCUAGGCCCAUUAAAGUGAACCUCUUCUUCCCAGUAAUAUACAUUAUUGCUACCAUUUUCGUGACUGUUGUGCCUAUGUACGCUAGCCCAGUGGAGACAGGAUACGGCUGCCUAAUGAUCUUGUCGUCCGUGCCCGUGUACUUUAUCUUCAUCGCGUGGAAAAAUAAGCCAAAGUUCUUCCAGAAAGGAGUCUUAAGCGUGACGAAGUUUCUGCAGAAGAUAAUGCUGGUGGUCGGCAAGCCGAAAGCCGCUCAGGUUUAACCGCAGACAGAAUGCGUCGUCAGCCUUCAUAGAGGUGACUUCCAGCUUGCAGACAACGAGAAAUGGGACAGGCUUUCCAGGACACUCGGAGAACGUUUAUCCGCCUAGAUUUAUGUAAAAUAUUUAUUUCAUACGGAAGAUAUUCCUAACUCAAAUUCGAUUCUAGGUUGGACCUGCAUUGCACUAUAAAAUUUAAAUCAAACUCCUUUUAUACAUACACACGUUAAAACGAUUUGUAAUUUUCAGUUCAACGAUAAGACUUUAUUCCAAAGAUUAUUUCAAUAUUCAAGCUACUCGUUUAAUCGUUCUCCGAGUGAGGGAGGGGCGUUCUGGCCAGAGACAGCCAUAUUUAAUCAGAAUGCUCAGCAACAAAACCUUGAAAGUUGCUCAACAAAUCCACGUCUGCUUUUCUCGUCUGGAUGUCAACCUCGUUACACUGGCACCAAGACAUGGCGGUGAUGUAUUACCAAAACGAUUCCAGCGGAGGUAUAAUAAUAAUGAUAACGGCGAUACGCAGUGACUACGAAGGUACUAACACGAAAGACGCAAAUAAAAAAAUUAAAGAGGCAUCACUGAAUGUUCAACGAGAAGACACACAGUAUUCUCCUCCGCUGGACGCGCGUUUCCGAUGUUAUUGCUUCGUUUCAUUCCAUGCUGUACCAUUUCCAUGUUUCGCGAUGCGAUCCUUCGUUUCGAGUCUUAUUCAUCUUCGAGUAGAUUUCGUUAGCCCAGGAUAUCGUCGAUAAUUUAUUAUCUAUGUUUAUUUAAUUCCUCUUCAUUUCGCGAUGAUUGAACAACAUCGAGCACAGGUCCCGAUUACGGUUCAAAACAUUUUCGUUCACACAGGGAUCGAGAAACGAAGGUUCGUAACAAUUGUUACGCGAUGGCAUUCGAUUGUCAACAUCGCAUAAUAAUAGUAAUAAUAAUAAUAAUAAUAAUAAUAAUAAUAAUACCGAUAAUAAUAUUGUAUUCGCAUUUUACUGCCACUGGUAUUGGCACGGGGACUGGAACUGUUCGGAUAUUUGAUGGAAACUUCGAACACCGCGUACAUGAUUUAAAACCUAACCUAAACACACAACAUUUUGAACCUAACCUAUUAUUUUAAUAAUGUUUGGUUGAACAGUUGAAUUAGACUUGUAUUUAAUAGUAUUUAAGUAUUCGAAAAGUAGUACCAGCCUUAAGAGGCACGCAUAUGUACAUGUCUAUAGGGUGUCCAUCGACAUCUGCAAUUUCUCGAAAAGAAAAACUUACAAAUGAAACAGAUCAAUUCGCUCAAUUGCAAUAAUUAAUAUUUUUGAAACUUGUACUACAAUCCCAUAGUCUGUACACACCGCGUGUGUCUCGUGCUUCCAUGGACUCAUUGGACCGCGCUCUAUGAGCAACUUUUAACGGAGACUGUUCAUUGCUAAACCACUGGCUAGAUCUUUUUUGUCUAUUAGAGAAAAAGAUAGUCCGAAUGCGCAACCACUCGAAUGACUCUGGCUAUUCAAACGUUUAGGUUUAACGUGUGUGUUAAUUGCGAUCGCGAGAAUUUUCGGUAAAUUGACGAUUGCAGGCAAGCUUAUGAGCGUGAAUCGUUCGAGUUUUAGAUUUUUUAUACUUUUCUAUUCGUAAAUCUAUAGGACAAUUUUAGUCGAUUCUAAAUCUUCAUUCCAGUUUGUUCCUUAUUUAUCAUUCCGUUUACUGUACAAAACGUGUAUGCAUGGUGAACACUGAUCUCUAUUUAAUGAAUUUGUUACGGAGGUUUGCAACCAUAGAAAGCCUCCGUAACGAUGCCGAGGCCGCCAUCUUUGAGAAUGAAUCGCGCCGGCCACCUGUAUAGGCAACCGAAGUACUCGAAUAGUUUAUGAAGUUAUACAAUAUUUUUUAUGGGAAUAAUUCUUAUGAAAAGAAUAGAUUUAUAUGUAUUAUAAAUGUACGACUUAAGUGAUUUAAUUUACUAAUUCGAACUUGUAAACUUAAAACUAUGUUUCUUACAAAUAUAACGUUCUAUCGUUUUAAUUAAAAUUGAAAACACAAUUUGAAGUAAAUUCUUUAAAAAAGCUGCACAGACCCUAUGAAAAGGUAGUAGCGUUUUAAUCUCCAUGAAGGUGACUAUGUUUAAGAAUUGUGUAGCAGCAACGACACCACCGGAAUCCAUGUUUCACGUACGAUACUUUGAUUGCGCUAUAAAAAGAGGAAUAAUCCUUAGGCGAUACAUUCGACACAGCUCGUAAGUUUGUCCUGUUCAAUUUAUACGAGUCGUUUAUUAGUCGAAUCACUUAACCGUCUGACACCGUGGCAGUAAGUACUGUGUCCUGUACGAAUUAAGACUUAAUGUGUUUAUCUCGCCCCAUUGUCGACACCUUCAUGCUUGUACGCACUGUGAUUUUUAUUUACUCUAAAGCGCACGUUGAUUUUCGCGAAUCGUCGAAUUCAGGAAACCCUGGUUUCUUGUCUAUAUCCAAACUUUAUCCGUGUGUUCUUCUGUGUAAAAAAAAAGUUGCAAUUGAAUAUAAACUUUCUAUUUAAAUGAUAAUGGAACACUAAGACUAAAAAGAGACAAAAUUGCAGCAUAUCGGUAGUUGAACUGUUCUAGGACCAAGUAUUUUGUACAGGGUGUUCUUGAAAACAGAUCUCGCCUGUAGUCGGAGCAGAAUCGAUUGGCGUGUCAAAGUUAUCGUUAAAUAUAGACAAAUUUUUCCGAGAGACACUUUAGAAGUUGUGAAUCUACUUAAUAUAAAAGUUGUAAUCGUGAUUGGGAGAGUGACUUUAACACUCCACCUCCUUCUGCCUUGGCUAUAGCCUAAGAAACGUCCUGUUGCGCCUCCGCAUAGGAUCCUAAAUACUUUGUUAUUCUCCUUAUUCUGAAAAUUAGCCUCGGUGAUUCGUCUGAGCUAAAGCAUUCUGAAUGUAUCAAUCGCUAUCGAAUAUCAAAAUGGAAUUGAAAGUCUAAAGUCUGUCGGAUCACGAUGGAUCGCUGACUCCUCAAAAUUGCUUUAUAAUCAGCGAUCGUCUAAUAUUUUCUUUUCAUUUUUGCACAAUCGUACCAGUGGAAGGAUGUAUCCCCGAUGCUAAUCGUCCACAUAGUUUCUGUUGUUCGUUAUCAUUUUUAAGGGAUACAUUUCAACGAUGAAAAGACUCCCGUGGAACAUUCACCAGGGUGUCUAUCGAGGUAUGGACUGGUCGAUCCUUGGUAGCUGUAGCAUUUUGUCUAGAUUACAGUUUAGAACAAAGCGAAAACGUAGUUGUAAAGCGCACGAGGUAGAAGGUCGUAUAUUUUUGCAUUACUAUAAAACGAAUGGCUUCGAUAGAUACUCUGGCACGUGUGACAAUAAGUAUCUACUAAUUAAUUAAUUAAUUAAUCAAAAGUAAGUAAGGUGGAUAGUUGAGAAAAAGACCGAGAGAAAAUGUUACUAGAAUUCGACGAUGUUUUUGUAUCGUUAUUUUUUUUUUUAUGUUUAUGGGUCUACGAAAUACCAGUUUGUACUUGAAAUUCCUUGUGAAAGAUAGCCAUCGAACGAUUGCGAGUAUAUAGUGUAGUCACUAUACACGCGUGUCUAUGAAAAGAUGGCACGACACGAACACAGCAGUAGCUUAGGAUCUAAAUAAAGCAAAAGAACGUAAACUGGAGGUCUAAGGAACAAGCGAUCUGUGACAAUAUAUUAUAUUGCAUAAAUAUUGUGUGUUAUUUUCGGGAAUCCCUUUUCAUUUUGUAAGAUACGUUUGUCAAGUGAAUCAGCUUAUUGCAUUCAUUGUUUUAAGGUGGUUCCAGGUGGUUCUUUCCCAACUGAAAUAGUCCAAACAAAACUCGAAUGCAGAAGGUAAGUAAUUGAUACGAUUACAGUUGCAAUUAAUUUGUUAAGUAUUAUUUUAUUCAACAUAGUUGUACUGGUUGCCGUAUACAGGGGUCAUCCUUGCGCCUAAGAGAUGGCAACCAACCGACAAACAGGCUACCGUAGGCUGCAUUCUCACAGGGGCACACUCUGCGCCCAGAUUGAUCCGCUCAAACUUCAACAAAGUUGCAAAGCUCGAAAGUACAAGGUUCCAUCUCAGAGAUUCAGUUCCGAUAAAGCGUUCAAUAAUUUUGAAUUUUAAAAGAGGGUAAUUCAAAGGGCAUGGUAUCAAGAAAUAAAGAGGAAAUUAAAGGGUGAUAAGCCAGGAAAUGGAGGGAAAUUAAAGGGAAAUGUACCAGGAGAUGGUGGGAAAUUAAAAAAAUUAACUUACCAACUAAAGGUAUACUAACUGAUUACAUGAUUAAAAACCUCGCGACAGUAAUUCAGUACGAAGAAUUACUGAAAAUGUUCCAAAGUAGAACCAUGGGAAGGAGCAAUAAAUGAUAAACACUUGAUUAUAUACGUGUCUAUAUUGGUAUGUAUAAAUAUAUAAGUUAUAAAUAUAUAACAUUCAUAUAUUUAUAACUUAUACACAAUAUAUAUAAUAUAUUUAUAAUAUUUAUAACUUUGUCCACAGCAGUUGUACAACAUACAGAGAUUACAAAAGAAAAGAAGUUUCAUUUGGUUUCGUCGGCGCAUCAGGAACAAAAAUAUCUGCAUACUCUUUGUCGUUCGAGUCGAAACGAGGAGAAACGCAAUACAUGUACAUAAAGGUCUUACAAAAAAGAUAGUAAUGUUUUUACUAUUUACUUUUGAAGUUAUUUUGUGCGCCAUUCCACUUUACCCGCUAAAUUGCACGCAAACAUCCGAUUGGAGAAGUUUUUGUAAACUCGAUACAAAAUUCCGACGAAAAGGAAGUAAUCGUAAAGUUUAAUAUCGUUGUUUGUUCAAACUUCGUGUAACUCCAAUGUUCGCCAUAUUUAAUAAAAUAAAAUCAUCUCUCUUUCACGCUCGUUCGACUCGAUACAACGAAGAUGAAAAAAAAAAAAAAACAUCUUGAGCGUUGCACUUCGUUGACAACAGAGAUGGACAAAAUAUUAUUCGAAUAAAAAAAAAUAAUACAGCGAUUUACUUGCAACGUUUGUUUGUUCGAUUGAUCAUAGAUUAUUCAUAUAAGCAUAUUUGUUCUAUCCGACGAUUUGAUUUGAUUUGUGAAACUUGUUACCCGAAUAAAAUUCUGCCCAUCCCUAUGUGAAAUGUAUCUAUACAUUAACACGACUUUUACGAUAGUCUUUCACAUGAAGUAGCGCGUUGGCAGCGGGUUAAAAAGGGACGUGGAAGAUAUACGAUAUAAAUACAUUGAUAAUCUCACGCUGGUAUUCCCCGUCGUCUUCGCGAUUAAUUAUUAUGAAUGACGAGGGCUUCCUACCACUGUUUUUCCUUCUUUUGCACCUAUACAAACACGCAACUACAACUAACUUUUCCUGUUCGCAUUACUAGUUACCGUUAACAUCGUUACUAACGUACGUAUGUAUGUACAAAGGAGAACCUCCAAACGUGCUCGCAGAACAUUCUCGCACAGGCUUCAACCAUCGAGGCAUUUCUGAACAUUCUCGCAGGAAUAACAUUUCAGUUUAGUUUCUUCGAUAAUAAGUUUACCUUUACGUUUAUCGUGUGCGAUUUAAUGGUGAACUCAUCGUAGAUCGUAUCUGAGAAAUUCGAAAAAUUCGCAAACAACAAUUCAUUGGUUAUUCCGGUGCAAUUUCUUUGCCAAGAAAUGCCUCGUAAGGUGUUUCUGUGUAAGCUUUCGACAUUGCACAUAAAAGUCGUUGAGAAAAGGUAAAAAACAGUUACUUACACACGGACACUUGCACGAAAAAACUGGAAUGAUUUCAUUUACUGUUACUCGCGUUGUCGCUUCACCUCUGCCUCUCUGAUUCACCGAUAAAAAACAUUCGUUUCCCACAUCAUGCGACACGACGUAAUGUACAAAACACGCGAAUCGAUUUAAAAAAAAAAAAAAAAAAAAGAAGAAGAAGAAGAAGAAGAAGAAGAAGAGUGAAGAAAGAACAUUAGAUCUGUAAGUAUGUAAUUUACAAUGUAGACAGAAAGGAGACUGGCGAAUGGAUGAAGACCAUAGAAAUAUUGUAAAUAGAGAAAGGGAAACCAGACCCAGGGAUGGCUCCAACUGUACUCUAUUCGUCUUUGUCUACCAGCGCACGAGUUGCACGGAUUGCCAACAUUAACUCUUUAUUCGGUUCAAGUCACUUAGCUUUCAAUUAUUUUCUUGUAAUAUUUUAUCGUUAUACUAGUGUUAUAUAAUAUAUAAAUUGUAUAAAUACGUGAUACAACAGCUGUAAACGUUUUAGAAAUUCGUAAUAUACAAAGCUAACUCAACGAGUCUGACUUGAUGCUUUAGUAGACAGAGAUAGAGUACCGAGGCUUCCCUUCCCUAUCCAUGUAAUCUUUACGACAAAAACAAAUUUCUUAUCCCGAAGAACGAAGAAACGAAUGCUACGAAACUAACCGAAAAUCGAGCUAAACGAAAUUCCAUGGACAUCUGUCCGCCAGAAUUUAAUGUACUUAAAUAUCAGGGCUGAUACUAUUCGAAUAUUUCAUAGAUACUCGAAUUAAAUGUCGAUACACCUCGCGACUACAUUAGCUAAAUGCUUUUCAAAUGUUCUCGCCACUUUAGCAGAGUCUUUUCUAUAAGUGGCGCCAAGAUGAUCGUGCUUGUAGUAAAAAUAUGUAAAUCCAUCGCUUUUCGUGACAGUACAAACGUCGCAUAAAAUGUCGUCAAUACCGUAAAUGCGAUUAAGAGAAAUCAGACAAGUAGUCUCAGCCCUGUUCCAUACGAGAAAUCGUACGAAAGAGUUUCUUUGUUUCUUUUGAGCAAACGAUACGCGCGAGUAUCGUUGUCUUUCUUCGUCGAAUACGAUCACUACCCGGCGGCUCGCGGAAAGGUUAAUAAAUUAAUAAACGGUUUGCAGAACGUCGGAAAACAAAAAUCACAGUCGAAAGCACUGACAAGGAGACCGUCGAGGCAUAUCAAACACCAUACUCGGUGGAUAAGAUGUCGUCGAGGUUUCUUCGAGAGAGAUUCUUUAUAAAAAUCGGAAGUGUUUAGACCCACGUUUUUGACGGUGUGACACGAAGAAAGAUGAUCGUAGCCUCCGUUACACGAUAUUCUUUUUCCCCCCGUUAAUAAUUAGUCGUUUACGCUAGCUUACGGUAUACGGAGUAAUGCAAAAUUACGUUUCUAUGUUCGACACCACCUCGACGACUCGAGAACCGACGCAAGGUAAAGUAGAUACCUUGGAAACUUUGGAACUUCAGCCGUUCUCGAAAUCGUUUCGGUGACUGAAUAACGAGAAUUCUACCGCAAUUUGUACGAGUGACACGGUGUAUCGUGAGCGAUUGAACAAUUCGCGACUCGAUCGAGAAACGUUUACCGAUCGAAUUGUGACGAAUGAUAGAUAUGACAUCGCGUUCUAUCGAUAAGGAGGUCGCACCGUUAUUCAUGGAUUAAUUAAUAAUACGUUUAAAUUACUAGAUCGUUACCGCUUACUCAGCCAUAUACGCCGUUUCACUUUAAAUACGCAAUAGUGCAUAAAUAUUCCUAACAAACAGACUGCCAAGCGAUCUUUCCAGGGAUAAUAAAAAAGAACAUGUCAUCGGUUAAAAUCGUCGCCUUAAAUUCGAAUCGAGAUUCUUUAAACAUCAGCCAACGGUUAUUCAGAAAUGAUUAAACUCAAUUUUCGUUCGUUCUAAUCGUUGUUUCGCUUGACAGUCCAUUGGUAAUGCACGAUAAAAUUUGCAAUGACCUAUGAUACAAUUUUUCUUUUCUUCAAAAAAAAGAAAGAAACGUACAAAAAAGUGCGAUAAUCAAAGGCUAAUAGUACGAGCCUCGUUAAUUAGAAUUCUGAUACGUUUGUAUAAAACCAUUUCGGUGCUAUGGCGUUCGAUUGAUACGCGGUCCGUGCGUACCAACCAUACCACUGAAAAGGUUAAAGAAGACUGCUGCUUCUCGUUUUCCUUUAUCGAUUCUCCACAUAUAUAUAUAUAUAUAUAUA